GGUAAUUUUGUCUUCCGUCAAGUUCAUUUCUUACAGUGUUCGGUUCAAGGCAUGUACCAAGUCCAUGCAGGCGAAGACGGUGCACCAUCGGGGCGACGCCGUGAAAUGUCCAAGAAGAUACCUUAUCGGCAAUCGUCCAUGGCGAGUUUGAACACUGCCAGACUCCUGUCGCCGAACCAGAAUGACUUCAAGCAAUGCCGGACCCACGGCGCGUUCCACAAAAACUUUGCCGGCUACAUGAAGAUCCAAACGGGGUUCUUUGGCAUGUGGAAGGUCUGCUUCUUCACGCUACAGGGCAUUGAGCUGACGAUCGCCGAAGACGAAGGGUUGCCCGCUGCCCGCUGCGACACCAUCGCGUAUGUCAGUGCAUCGAGGGGCAAACCCACGCUACUGCAGUUUCACAUGAAGUCGAAGAAGGUGUGGAAGACGCAGUGCAUCUCCACCGACAUCGCGAACGCCUGGUUUUCCGCCGUUGAAGACUGCAUGUCCCGGCUCUCAUACAGCAUUGACCGGUACUUACGAAGCUGCGAAAAGCGGCAGACCCCCACGGUGCUCUGUGGGUGGUUAUCCCAGUUGGACGCGAAAGGGAAGGUCAUGGGUCGCUACUUCUACGUCCUGCGCCAUCUGACGGUGAGCAUGGCGCCAAACGUCGAUGUGUUGCCCGAAGUGUACGACGUGGUCACGGACGCGACCGCCGCGGGGGCGGAUGGCGCCAUGGAACUCCGUUUUCAGACACAACCGUCCAUGGUCCUGCGCUUUGACUCGGUGGAACUGCUCCGCGUAUGGCACGCAGUCGUGCACACGUGCAUGAAGGAGCCGUCGCGGGCGUUGUUUGGUUGAACGCCAUCAUAAGUUGCAUGUCCAUAUUUCCGAGACAUCCAGAUAUAAUUGUUAACCUUAGCGAAGUAUUAUAAUAUAACU